UAUGCCUUGUCGAAAAAUAAGAAAGAGUCAAAGACAUUAUUUGGCAACGUUCCAAAUUUCACCUUUCAUCCGUUCAAUAAACUGUGAGCUCAAAUAGUUUUUCACUCAAUAUUUGGUCAAGUAUGACGGAUAUAUCCACUCUCCGACGAAAUGGAAGUCAUCAGACCAUUCAGUCGGACAACCGAGGUCAAUUUGGCAACCUUUGGCGUCACGUUCAAAGGUUGAACUCGUACCCUCAAAUCUUAAUCGACUUUCAAGCCAAGACGUCCAAUUACGAACGGAUCCGGUAUGCCUUACCAUUCUUGGAGUGCGUGAAAUUGGUGCCCAUUUUCCGACUCAAAGACUCAACAUUGGCUGAAAGUAACCGUCUCAAAGGGAACGAAUACUUCAAAAAGAAAGACUUUGCCAAUGCCAUGCGGCUCUACAACACAAGCAUUCUCAAUGCGCAGCAUGAAUUGGAUCCAGAUAAGACGUUGAGCUUGGCCGUAGCCAAUCGCUCGGCUUGUUGGCAUCACAUGAAUGAACCUGAAAUGGUGAUCCGAGACAUCCAGUAUGCCAUUGCCAUGGGCUAUCCCGACAAACAGAAGUAUAAGCUCUAUCUUCGUCUGGCAAAGGCUCAGAGAAAUUUGGGACAAACAACCAAGGCCCUCACCUCGCUCAUGAUAGCUAAGUCAACUCUAACCGCCACGGAAGAAGGCAACAUCAAGGAGGCGGCCCUCAAACAAAUUCAACACGACCAAGAGGAAAUCAAAGCCGACACGACUCGCCCAGUACUCCAAGGCCCUGGGGCAAACACACUCCAUCCACCUUCGGCUGGGAAGGAAGCAGAGGGUCGAAUACGGGUCGAAUUUGAUCCCAACCUCGGCCGGCAUGUUGUAGCCGCUGCGGAUUUGCAAGUGGGAGAUUUGCUCCUCCAAGAGUCUCCUUAUGCAUCUGCCCUUUACCCCGAGCAGUUUGGGUCACACUGCCAAGAGUGUCUCCACCCCCUUAAAGCCUUCAUUCCGUGUCGAACUUGUAGCGGAGUGGCGUUCUGCUCGGCGGAAUGCGCCCAAAAAGGUGAAGUUUAUCAUAGAGUAGAAUGUCAGUUCGCCGAGGCUUUGCGGGGAUUUGGAUGCAGCCAGGUGGCUCGUCUGGCAUUGCGGAUGAUCUCUCAGCGAAAAUUUGAUGACGUCAUGGCCUUAAAGAUGCAACUUCAGUCCUUCAAGACGGAUCAAGAGACCCCCGCCGAUCUGGAUCCGUAUGUUCAGGCUUAUAACUUGUCCGGCAACGAUGAGCAGCGUGAGGCCGAUGACCAAUUGGAGAGAGCCCUCAUGGCCUGCCUUUUGUUGCAGACAUUGGAAAAGGGCGGUUAUUUUCCACCUCACUUCUCCGACUUUGAGUAUGUGUUCAUUGGGUCGCUCUUGUUACGCAAUCUCCAAGUGCUGCAAUUCAACGCCCACGAAGUCUAUGAGAUCCUUCGACCCGACCGAGUGAGCUUGACGCCUAGUAAAAGUCAUCAAAUUGCAUUGGCCAUCUAUCCCAGGGCUUCUUACUUUAACCACUCGUGUCAUGGGGAAGUGGGUCGAUUCUUCAACGGCAAGACCAUGGGCCUUCGAGUUCUCAGACCGAUCAAGAAAGGCCAGGAAAUUCACGACAAUUACGGCCCCACUUUCUAUUUGAAGGCCUUCAACGAGCGCCGUAGGGAGCUGGAUGCGCGUUAUUGGUUUCAAUGCGGAUGCACCGCUUGUCUGGAGAAUUGGCCUUUGUUGGCUCGACUUCCCAAGUCCGAACCCAGACAAGAGGUUGAAAAGGCCUUUCAAAGUGGAUGCGAACACAUAAAGAACGGCCAAGUUGAAUCUGCCAUCCGGGAUUUUGCCGUGGUCUUACAUCAGGAAUGCCAGCUCUCCGAGAUGAGGAUGCCCUCUCAGGGCUACAUUAAAGCGGAAGAUAAGAUACGAACGUGCAUCUCAAAUUACGGCAAAGCCGUGUUUAUUGAUAAGAUGCUCAAAUAAACAAAAAAGCCAUUAAAAAUACUGAAUCAUGU